AUGCUUCUUCAGACCGAGCUGAACAACCGAUUAGUCGAGCAUCCAGCUGGAAAGCUACUGGGAGGCUCAUCCGCAAUCAAUGGUAGUCUAUAUCUCCCGCCAUCCCCUGCAGGGUUCGAUGCUUGGGCUCAAUUGGGUAACGUAGGCUGGAAUUGGGAGUCGAUGAAACCGUAUAUCCAAAAGACAUACACCCUUCACCCCCCUCGUCUGCCGUCCAAAGCCGCCGGCGAGAGUACACCGCGUCAUGAGAAUUCUGCGAGUGGGCCAAUCCAGGUCGUCUACGGAUCACCCGCGAACAGUGCUGACAAAACACUGGUGGACGCCUGGAAUGCGGCGUUUCAGCAGAAUAGCUACGAAUGUAUCACCGACUUCCUUGCAGAGCAGAAAACCGUCAGCACCCGGGUAUACACUGCGGCCAUCGACCCUGUGUCUGGCCAGCGCAGCAGCGCCGAUACUCAGUACGGGGCCCUGCUGGCUGGCCGUGGCAACGUCACGAUCAUGACGGGCGCCACCGUCCAGUGCAUUCUUUUCGAAAAGACACCCCAGGGAACAGUGCGUGCGAUCGGAGUGGAAGUGAAAGUGGAUGGCCACCUCACUACCCUAGAAGCAUCCAGGGAGAUCAUUCACGCCGUAGGAGUCUUCCACUCUCCUAGGCUUCUUGGGCUAUCAGGUAUCGGGAAUCCAAGCUGGCUCCACGAGCUGGGAGUUCAUACCUUGGUCGAUUUCCCUGGCGUCGGCGAGAACCUGCAAAAUCAUAUUAUCGCUGGCCUGCCUGUCGGUCUGAAGCCUCAUCCAGGGAUUCAGGGUAUAACUCCAGGAAUCAAAGCAUUCGCCUUUGUCAGCUUGGAUUCUGAGCCCAAAGAGAAGCUCUGGACUACCACCGACAGUGCAGCUGAAGAUCCGCAAUCCAGCACCAUCCGAUCCAUCUUGUAG